GAUAGAUUCUCGUAUCCCUUCACCGGCUUUUUGGCUCAGCAUUUUUCCGCUCCAACGGUGAUUCGGCGGGCUUCAACACAUAGUAUGGGAUAUUACUACCAGUUGAAGAGUGGCUAGCUUAUCUUAUUCGCCCUUCGAUAUUUGGGGGAAUUCCUGCCGGCAGACGGUUCUGUUCUUUGACGUGGAGUUCCGCAAGGUUCUAGGGGCAAAGGCAGCAAAAUAAUACGAGGGGGUUAGGGGUGCAAUUUUUGACAUUCAUUUGUUUUCUUUAUGCCUUUGGGCUGCCCUACGUGGUUAGUGAGCACGAGGGCUUCGGAGGUCUUUGGGAGAGUCUGGCUGGACGUUUGAAUGGUAAGUAGUACAGCACAGCACAUGGUCGCCAGUUUUCCUCCAUACGCCCUAUCAUGAUAUCCUUACUUAUCGCUUGAAACUGUUCAGGGACCUGGCAUAUGGAAUAAACAUCGGAACAUUCAAUUCAAUCGUUACUCCGGCGCGGCUCUGACGGUUUAUUUUUUCGAUGGCGCUGUCCGGUGACAUCAUGACGCUCACGAUCCUUUGAGCUUGUUGAACUUCAGCAGUUUGUAGUCCGACUACCCAUUGGCAUUAUAAACCUCGCCCUCUCCCACCUCACCGCUCUUCGGAACCUCGAAAAACCCAGACCUUCGUCAAUCACUCACUCCUGAGAACUCUUCUGAAAACCGCCAAUCUUCUGCGACUUAUCCGCAUUGUCUCCUCUUACGAGAAAAUUACCAACAUAGGCGCCUCAAUGGAUCACGACUUACCCACAGAUGAGCGCCAUCAUUUGAAAGAGCACUUCUCCGUGUAUGUUUUGGGACCCGAAUCCUUUCCCCUUCUUCAGUGCCAGCCACCCUGCAAUUACCCCGCACUAACGCAAGAUCAAUUCCCUCUUUACUGUCAUAGUUCUACAGACCGCCAUCAAGAGAAGUGGGCUGAGCUUUGGGACAACGGCGAAUCCUCAUGGGAUAAGGGGGCCCCCAACCCGGCGUUGGUGGAUUUGCUGGCACAGAGACAACAGCAUACCUCGUUCACCGCCCAGGACUUAGUGGCGAGAGGAGAGAGAAGGAAAAGAGCGCUGGUCCCCGUAGGCACUCCCAAUUCCACACCCUCUUUUUCUGCCGCAUCUCGAACGAAAGUGGGGGCGGGGCUGUUUUUUCCUCCCCGCCGCGACAAUUGAGAAUCUUGGGUAACUUUUGGGGGUGCGGUGCGAGUCGUAAGCUAAUGGAAGAAAUCGGUAAUACAGGGAUGCGGGCGUGGUUACGAUGUUUUCCUUCUAGCAACGCACGGUUAUGACGCCUUUGGGGUCGAAGUAUCGAGGACCGCCGUGAAUCAAGCUCGGGAAUGGGCUUCGGACCAACUAGAAAUCGAAAAGGAUGCUUCAGGGCAAACCCUUGAGACUGAUCGCUGGGGCAGAAUUCAGAUGGUGGAAGGGGACUUUUUCAAAGACGAUUGGAUCCAAGCAAUGGAGAUUGAUCUCCGUGGCGGAUUUGACUUGGUUUAUGAUUAUACCGUAUGUUUUGGAUAUCCCCCUCUUCAACUGACUCGAUGCUAAUUCUAUGACAGUUCCUGUGCGCACUUCAUCCAACUCUUCGACUCAGCUGGGCUGCGAGGAUGGCUGAACUUCUUGCCCCGCAACGCGGAUUGUUGGUGUGCCUGGAGUUCCCACUUUACAAGCCGAUUGAGGCUGGUGGGCCGCCAUGGGGCCUUAAGAAUGAAGUCUAUGACGAGCUUUUGGGGGGCCAGAUGGGCGCCUUCCAAAAAGUGCUCCACUACAAACCCGACAGAACGCAUGAGAUAGGCGAAGGCUCGGACUGGAUCAGUGUCUGGCGCAGGAAAUGAGAAAUGAUCAGCCAAGAGUGCAGAUGUGCGGCUGUGCUUUCGGAGUUUGUUGUAUGGGGAAGCGGGGAAGGCGGUGUUUUUCGGAGUCGUGCGGGCUAUAGAAGUCGAUUUGUUUUCCACACAGUUAUUUUCUUUAUGCCCUCACUUGGUCCCCCCGAAUUGAAUUGUACUGGAGCAGAAGAGACAGACGAGGAAAUGAGAUCAUGCGUGUUGAUUUUGUCAACGUGCCCCCCCCCAGGCUGGAGUGGGGAACGAAAGAAGAAGAGGCCUAUGAAUAGACAGAAAAUUCUCCCAACCCCCGACUUCCACCUCUUCCCCUGCCUACCUCUCCUUCUACCGGUACCUGUUUCUCUUGCCUAUCGUGAUCAGCCUUAUGUAUGAAUGCCGGAGUAUACCAUAUGUUCCUGAAAAUCGCUGCGAUGUAUUUCCAACCUGACCACCCCGAAUGGGCAUGACGCGCGCGAUCGAAACCCCACCGCUAGAUUCUCCAACCGCCAGCACCACUGCCAGUCGGAAUCCUGCAAAGUCUCACAUAUAACAAAAGAAAGUUUCUCAAAUCGGACCGGGGCACUGAGGAGGCGUC